AUGGAUUCAGUAAAUUUUGCUCCAGGUAAAGUCUACGGUGUAUUACGAGCAAAUGUUAUCGCUGACAACGGUGAAAGUUAUUCACAUAAAUCAGGUGCAAGUCAUUAUAAUUUAUUAUCUGUCGACAAUCAACAAAGUGAAACACCAGAAGAAUAUCAGAUUAAUAUCGAUAUCCAAUCACUUCAAUCGGCUAAUGUUAAAUGUAUUUCAAUUGAUCCAUUUAUCACUUCAUUGAUACCAUUUUCUAGUAUUCCUUUUGGUUUUACAUCAUUAGAAUCUAAUGAUACUAAUGAACUAGCAUUAGAUUUAGUACGAAGGCCAGUAUUUGAUUUAAAUCUUUUGAUUGAAUCACAGCCAUUAACUGCGGAUGAAAUCGCAAUGAAACUUGAUGUUUAUUUUAAAAACAAUAAACCAAAUGUGAUUAUAUUUGGAACCAAAUAUGAUGAUAAACAUACUUUAGAAGAGAGUCAUUAUGGAUUACAACGUGCACAGAGAGAAAACAAACCAGCACGUGGUAUAGAUGAUAUUCAUAUGAAUCAAAUUGUCAGGGAAGAUGGUCGUGCUUAUCAAGAUGGUGCUUUAUUUAUUCAAAACAAUGAUCAAGAUAAUACAUAUGCUGCGUUCUUUUUUUGUUUUGACAAUCAAUGUAAAACAGAAGCAUCAUCAGAAGAAAAUUCUAUUGAUCAUCAUCAUCAUCAUCAUGAUUAG